GGGUGAUGCCAUUAUCAGUGGCUUUGCCAAGAGACGCGGUAGUGAAACCCCUACCGGUUGCACCGGCUUCGCCGACAGUGAUUGUGGUAGCCCCCAGUCCUAUGACUCCACCAGAGAAGACUUCACCAACAUCUCCAGAGGGUUUGAUGCUUCAUGACUUUUCCACUCCUCGGCCACCUCAAGACAUGGGCUCCCAGUCUAGCCUGGGCACUACUGCGUCCAAAGUCCCUCCGGCUUCUGAUACUUUCAGCUAUUUAGAGUCUGUUAGUCUCAUGUCAGGCACGUUUGAAUCGCUGACUGGUGCUGGAUUCCUUGACGAUGCUAGCUCUCUGGGGUCCGAUUCUGAAAUCAAUGGACUUGCCUAUCGUAAGACUGAUAAAUACGGCUUCCUAGGGGGCACCCAGUAUUCCAUUACACUGGAGAGCGCCAUCCCUGUGGACGUGGCCAGACAGAGGGAACUUAAGUGGCUGGACAUGUUUUCUCAUUGGGAUAAGUGGCUCUCACGUCGGUUUCAGAAGGUGAAAUUGCGGUGCCGGAAGGGGAUUCCCUCUUCUCUCCGUGCCAAAGCAUGGCAGCUACUCUCAAAUAGCAAGGAACUUUUGGAUCAAAAUCAGGGAAAAUUUGAGGAUUUGGAGCGUCAGUCUGGUGAUCCCAAAUGGCUAGAUGUGAUUGAGAAGGACCUCCAUAGGCAAUUCCCUUUUCAUGAGAUGUUUGCAGCUCGAGGAGGCCAUGGGCAGCAGGACCUCUAUCGCAUCCUGAAAGCCUAUACUAUCUACCGGCCAGAAGAAGGUUACUGCCAAGCACAGGCGCCCGUAGCUGCAGUUUUGCUGAUGCAUAUGCCCGCAGAGCAAGCUUUCUGGUGCCUGGUGCAAAUCUGUGAGAAAUAUCUUCCUGGAUACUACAGUGCUGGAUUGGAGGCAAUCCAGUUAGAUGGGGAGAUCUUCUUUGCACUUCUCCGACAAGCGUCUCCCAUUGCCUAUCGUCACCUGAAGAGAUACAAGAUCGACCCCAUCUUGUAUAUGACCGAGUGGUUUAUGUGCAUCUUUUCCCGGACCUUGCCUUGGUGUUCCAUGUUACGCGUGUGGGAUAUGUUUUUCUGUGAAG